AUGGAGGAGAACAGUGAAGACGGGCGCUGCUAUCUACGAAGCCAACCGCAUCGCCGCCGCCAAAUUGAAACGCGAAGUCCGCAAAUCACAACUUCGCCCAAUACGCAACGCCGCCGCACAACCUCUCCCAACGUGUCCUCGAUGUCAACGGACAUUCCGGGCACGAAUCGGACUUGUUGGACAACUUCGAACCAACUGCACCUCUCGAACUGCUCCAGCCAUCGUCCCCGCGCCCGCCUCUUCCUCGUCCUCUCUUCCGCCAACUAACUCUGACACUCCUUCUGCACCACCACUUCCAUCCUCCUCCUUCUCCUCCACUGCCCCAGCGGUGGCCGUUCAGGCUGCCGUCUCACACAUCGCCAACCACGACACAGCAACCGCAACCACCCCCACCUGCCCUCACUGCGACCGCACCUUCACCUCACACAACGGCCUGGUCGGUCACUUGCGAAUCCUUCGCACAGAGACUGGUGAACCAGUGCCUGGAGCACCAACCUACACCGAUCGCACUCGCCUCCACUGCCAACAAUGCCCUCGCACCUUCCGGCAUCGCAUGGGCCUAUUCGGCCACAUGCGCAUCCACGAGAGCGGAAUUGACCGCAGCCUUGACACACCCACCCCGCCGAGCCCCACUCCCAAUUCAUCACCUUGUGCACCCACUAACCACUCCCCAGCCGACAUCGACGCCACCGACCUUACCACCCCUCACUCCCCCGCUUCCUCCUCCACCUCCUCCUUCACUGCCACAACGACGGCCACUCCGGCGUCUGUAGCGCACGACUUCACCACAGCCGCACCUGACACAACAACAGGCACAACCCCUGCAACCUCCAUCAACAGAUGUGAGGGCCCGGACUACAUCUGCCCUCACUGCGAUCGCACCUUCACCUCACGCAUCGGCCUGGUCGGUCACUUGCGAAUCCAUCGCACAGAGACUGGCGAACCAGUGCCUGGAGCACCAAGCUACACCCACCGCACUCGCCUCCACUGCCCACACUGCCCUCGCACCUUCACGCAUCGCAUGGGUCUAUUCGGCCACAUGCGCAUCCACAACGACCUGCGGUAG